GCCGAGAUAAGAGGCUGAGAUAAGCCCAGACGCCAACAACUCUCACGUGGGAGCUCUUAUCCGCACGCAGCCUCCAGCAUGAAGGUCUCCGCAGGGCUGCUGGGCCCGCUGCUCACCGUGGCCGUGGCCGCCCUCAGCGCCCAGGUGCUCGCUCAGCCAGGUGCACUCCUUACCGGGUCCUCCUGCUGCAUCACAUUUAACAAGAAGAUCCCUUUGCAGAAGCUGAGGAGCUACCGAGUCACCAGCAGCCAUUGUGCCCAGAAAGCUGUCAUCUUCAGAACCAAGCGUGCCAAGGACUUCUGUGCCAACCCAAAGGAGAAGUGGGUCCAGGAUCACAUGAAGCACCUGGACAGCUGGAGGACGAGAAUGCCCCCGGCCAUGCUGAGACCACUCCAGACCACGCUGAGAACUCUCCCAGCCACGCUGAGACCACGCCAGACCACGCUGAGAACUCACCCGGCCACGCUGAGACCACACCAGACCACGCUGAGAACUCACCCGGCCACGCUGAGACCACGCCAGACCACGCUGAGAACUCACCCGGCCACGCUGAGACCACGCCAGACCACGCUGAGAACUCCCCGGCCACGCUGAGACCACGCCGGAGUGUGGGACGUGAACAUGUAUUCUCCUCCAGCCCCCACUGCCCUGAUUGCACCGUCAUUUUCAAAUAGGGUGCUUGGGAGGCAGCGCUGAUUUGUCUUAAGUGUUGUUUAAUAUUAUUUGCAUUAUUGCUGGUUUGGGGUCUGUUUUGUAUAUUGGCAAUCUUUUUGUGCUGUUUUUUUAUUUUCUAAUUGGAUUCAUUGGGGUGACAACGGUUAAUAAAAUUAUGUAGGUUUCAGGUGUACAGUUCUAUAAGCCAUCAUCUGUGUAUAUUGUAUUGUGUGUUCACCACCCCAAGUCAAGUCUCCUUCCAUCUCAUGUAUAACCCCUGUACCCUCUGCUGCCUCCCCGCCUCCCAUGCUGUAAUCACCAUGCUGUUUGUUGACUGUGUCCAUGAGUUUUGUUUCGUUGUGUUUUUUUUUUUUUUUUGCUUGACCUUUCUUCUUUAAAGGAAGGCCUUGAGCCUGUUAGUUCCUGUCAUGGGCCCCAUUCCUCCUGCGGUAAGCGGCAGGCAGGGUCUCUCUCCUGCCUAACUGCCCAGGGCUUGUGGCCAUGCCUGUGAGAACCACGGGGAUGAAGGGCCAUGGCAGCUAAGGAGGAGAGUGCCUGGUGAAUGCCAGGUGUUGUUAACUAAAUAUGUUAUUAUGGAGAAAAUGCAAUCGUGGGACUGCUGACAUUUUGCAAGAAAUACAUUUAAUU